CUUACCAAGGGAAGACCUCCAUCAGCACCGUGGGAACCUCCACCUCUGCUUACCGACUGAGCCUCGCCACUAUGUCCCGCUCCAAUACUGGAACUGGGACCGUUUGGGAACAGGAUAGUGAGCCUUCCCAGCAAGCCUCCCAGGAUACUUUAAGCAGGACAGAUGAAGAAGAUGAGGAAAAUGAUUCCGUGAGUAUGCCCAGCGUGGUAAGUGAACAGGAAGCAUACCUUAUGGGUUCCAUUGGGCGGAGGAGAUUCUCCAGCCAUCUCUCCAGCAUAUCUGCACCUCAGCCUGAAGUGGGGAUGUUACCCAGUCAGAGGUAACAAAAUGGACUACUUAUUCAUUUCCUGAUAUUUUCCCCAAGAAACAGAAAUGACAAAGGUGUAAUAUAGGCUUGUAAAUCAGAGAUGUUGGGGUGAGAAGAUCAGACAAAAUAAAACAGACCCAGUCCUGGAUUUUAACAAGGGUUUGCAAAAGAGAUAUACUUAGUUAUCCUCAUUUUUAAAAUCCAGGCUUCCUUAGGUACUUCUCCCCAACUGCAAAAAGAGCUGUAUUAGUUAAUGUUGCUUUUCCAUGACUUACUAAGGUUCAGAAGCCUAGUGCUGAAAUAUUAUCUCUGUCUGAAAUGUUUUCAAGUGCACUAUUAAAAACCGAAAGCAAACAUAUUUGGUUUGGAGGCGAGAUCCACGAAUGGCUGAGCUAUUUCUAUAAUUCCACAUUGAACAAACUGCCUUCCAAGCAAAUUUAUCCUUGUAAUAAAUCUUUUGAAAAUAUCCUUGUGAAAGGCAGAGACAAACAGAAAUGGAGGAAUACAGGAAUAGGUGUACACAAAGUAGUAGAGCAACAGCUUUGGACUGCUAAUGAUUUAUAUCCACAAUCAUUUUGCAAGUAUUAGAGAUCUCCGUAAACCCACCUACCCCCAAACCUAAUUAAGGUAACUAACUGACAUGGAUUUAACCUGGUAACAUAUACCUAACAGUGCUUAGGUAGUUUUUUUUCUUAGAUAAGUCUGGACAGUGAAAACACAACAAAGGAGAUGAAACUUUAUAAACCUAGGCUACUAACUGGAAAACAAAUUUGUCUGAAUUCACUGUGUAGGCUCUUGUGUUUUGCUUUUCUCAUUGCUUAAAAACGAUUUUAUUAAAGUUCAAAAAUAUCACAGAAGAGCCAAAGAUCUUCUGUUCCUCAUCUAUGGCUACUUUAAAUAGUCACAGAAAGCUGCUCCCUGAAUUCCGGAGGUCUCUUCCACGUCAAAUCUACUAACCCUGCUAGCAGUUGUCGAUUUUUUUCAAAUAAUUUUGGCUUUAAUACAAAAGAAAUCACAUUUAUCUUGCCUUUAAUAUUUUUUAAAAACCAGUAAAACUAUGCUAUAUAUAUAUAUUCUACUUAUAAGCUGAAAAAAACAUUUUCCUUAUCAUAUUGGGGUGGGGGUAAUCUAUAGAAUUACAAGCAUUUAUCAGUUUAAUUAAAGAGUUUUUGAUUCCCAACAACUGAUAAGUGAAAUAGAUAAAGGUUUGAAUAUUUUUUAUAACUACUUUAGUUGCAAUGUGCUAUUGUAUUACAAACCAGACAAAAAGAGAUAGCAUUGCACAUAAUAUUCCCAAAGGUAUAUGAAUGAUGUUAUUAAACAGUGGAUGACUGUUUUAGACAGCUGGAUGGCUCGAAGAUCCCAUUCAUCAUAAGAGAGCAUUGACUUCUCUGCUACUGAGGAUAUUUUAAUUAU